CAUGCUCUCCUGCAACCUCUAGACUGACACUGUCGUCGCUACAGAUACCUCCCAGCAAUCAAAUACUCAAUACCAGCAACCGCCUGCAGGGCCAGCACCAUGGCACACCUCGACCCCCUCACCGCGCUCACGACCGACCUCGCGCGCGCGGCGCUCAUACCUGACGUCCUCCCGUCCUCUUUUCACCCCUCUGUCCUCCUCACGAUCACCUACCCGAACAGCCAGGAGGCCCUCCCCGGGAACACCCUCACAGUCGACGCAGCGAGCGAGGAGCCCGAGAUCGUGUUCAUGCCGAUGAGCCUUGGCCCGGAGCAGGCAGACGUCAUCGCACCCGCACCCGCAGGGGGGCUUGGCUCGGACGCGCCGAUGGCGGAGGUCGCGUACACGCUUGCGAUGGUCGACCCAGACGCGCCGAGCAGGGUGGACCCGCAGUUCAGGUGCUUCAGGCAUUGGUUGAUCACUGGCUUGAAAGCGCCCCCACGGACAGCGAGCCGCACAGCGAGUCCGUACGCGCUCAAGACCGAGCCCGCGACGACGCCGUACCGGCCACCAGGACCGCGUCCGGCCAGCGGCAUCCACCGAUACACGUUCCUGCUCUGGCAGGAGCCCUCCACCGCGCAGACGCUGCGCCUACCUGCCGGUGCGCCAGAGUAUGGCGCGGCUCUAGAGGAGAGACGGAGCUGGGACCCCGUCGUGUUCGCGGAGAAGUAUGGGCUGAAGCUUGUGGGCGCGACGUACUUCUUGGUGGAGGCGCCGCCGACUGAGGAGGCUUGAUCAUUGCGAGAGGUGUGUGGAUGAAGCGUGUAGCAUCGCAGUAAGGAUAACAAUGGUCCGUAGUCGACACCAUGUUAUUUCUUCGUAACAGCUGAACAUGCAGCUUCAGUGUUGUCGCCAGGUCGUGGGGCACCAGGUCUCCCUACGUCCCGCGCCCGGACUGUUGGUGCCUGCAUCGUUUACAAGCCUGAACUCCGCCCCCGACUCCCAUAGAAUGAUGCAUAGCGAGGAUUGUUUCGAAAGCUGACUAGCCUAGGUGUAUCGCUUUGACAGGGUUGAGUAUCGCAGCUGUCAUGAUCAGCCAGCGCGUGGUAGAGGGAAAGCGGGCUUGCUGUGGAGCCAAAGCGAGUAUUAGUAGGCUAUGCAGUGUCUGCGCCGCCUUUGCAAUAUUGGGUCUCGAAGUUCUUCAUAGUCUCCGUUGCUG